GCUAAAAUCGGUCUGCACUCUGCAAUGAGGUUUAGGGUUUGCACAUAUAUGAAAGCGAUCGUCUUGCUCACUGCUCCGUGCUUUCUCGCGUGUAUUUCCCUUGAAGCUCCAGCGGAGGUAGCCUCUGAUAAUGGUUCACGUCAGUUUCUACCGCAACUAUGGGAAGACUUUCAAGAAGCCUCGCCGACCCUACGAGAAGGAGCGAUUGGAUGCUGAGUUGAAGCUUGUUGGAGAAUAUGGGCUGCGAUGCAAGAGGGAGCUAUGGAGAGUGCAGUAUGCCUUGAGUCGUAUCCGUAACAAUGCUAGAAAUCUUCUCACCCUAGACGAGAAAGAUCCACGCCGUAUCUUUGAGGGUGAGGCUCUUCUCCGGAGGAUGAACAGGUAUGGGCUAUUGGACGAAAGCCAGAAUAAACUUGAUUACGUGUUGGCUCUUACUGUGGAGAACUUUCUUGAACGUCGCCUACAAACUCUUGUAUUCAAGGCUGGCAUGGCCAAGUCCAUUCAUCAUGCCCGAGUGCUCAUCAGGCAGAGACACAUCAGGAUUGGAAGACAGGUGGUGAAUGUCCCAUCCUUCAUGGUGAGAGUCGAUUCACAAAAGCAUAUUGAUUUCUCCCUAACUAGUCCAUUUGGUGGUGGUCGUGCUGGAAGAGUCAAGCGAAAGAACCAGAAAGCUGCUGCAAAGAAAGCUGGCGGGGGUGAUGAAGAAGAGGAUGAGGAUUAAGCAUUUUUUUCCAACAAAUAAAAACCAGAAGAUUAGCGUUAAAUGCUAUUUUCAUUUACUCUUGAAAAAGAGUUUAUUGCUUGCAACUCCUUUUUCUUUUUCUGUGACUUGUACCUCCAUCUUAUUCUUUUCCUUUUCGGUUUUGAUGUUAACAUAAAAAUUUUGGUUUUACAUUGCAAUAUCAGCUCAGAAUACAUACAUCAAU